AUGGAACACCCCCCUUCCGGGGCUUCGCGCUUCCGGGUCGUCUUUGGCCGCAAUUCCGGCUCACGAAAGCAGCGCGCCAAGCGUGAAGGAAGCCUCUCGGUUGGCUAUCACAGCUCCAGCCUCUUUGACACCGAUGCGAAGGAAUGCGUGAUGGUGUGCAAGGGAACGAGGAUGACGCCGAAUCGCAUCUUUGCAAAGAUGCAGGCGGCACGUCGUGGUGCGGCAUGGACGGCAGGGUCAGAGCUGACCAUAAACGGCUUUGAUGUGGUGAUUGAGGAGGUGAUGGAGCUGCACUUGAUCCCGUACAACGAGGAUGUGGUAACGGAGGCGGCAACCGGUGCCGACACUGCGGUGUCCGUGCCGCAGCGAAAGACUAGUUGUGUAAACAACAGCGGCUGGCACUCGCCUACCGCUUCCUGCGCCGCGGGGCAUGGAAGCAGAGCCGCGCCUGCGGCUACUACGACUGCUGUCGCAUUUACAGAGAUGGGGGCGAGGGUUUUCUCACCUUCUCUCGCCGCCCCUACUGCCCAGGCAGAUCGCGUUUGCUCGUUCAAUGUCCCUGUCUUGCACGCGAGUGCGCAGCCGGAGACGUUCGCAGCGACGACCACCACCGCCACCACCAACGAUGGCGGAGAAUCAGCGCCGGCAGAGAGAGAGCAAGCAUCGUUGUGCGUGCGUGCCGCCUGUGCCUCUGUGCCACCAGCAUUUUCGUCGAUCACAACGAAGGAGACGGAGAAGGCUUGUGUCAAGCGCGCCCGCGCGGAUGGAAAUCGCGCUGCAACUACCGCACAUCCGCGGCGCCGUGCCCGACGCUCAGCGGCGUCGCUGGCGCGCGAGCUAAGAAGCUCGUAUCCGCAGUACUUUUUGCAGUGA